AUGCCCUUCGCUAUGUUCAAUACUUAGCUAUACUCGGGCUCCGAAAACGAGGACCGCAGCACCAGGACAUCUUAAAAAAGAUCAUUUCCCACACCGGCUUACUUAUAUUAGUGCAGAGUAAAUGUGAAGCGGAGAUCGCAAUGGCUUCACUUGCUUAUUAAAGCGGAGCGGCUCGUUCUCGAUUUCCUACCCUUUGAACAUGCUUUUCGCAAUUGCUUUAUUAUUCGGUCUCCUCACUCAAAUCGCAGUCUCGCAAGAUACUAGCUUAGGAAGGGUAAAAGAAGCGUUCGAUGCCGCCGACAUCCCACAAGACAUAGCCCUUCCAUUCAAUCCGUCAUUCCUUCUUGAAGUCUCCCUGCCUCAAGCAACAGGUCCUGCGAUCGUCCUCAGGGCAGGUGUACAGCUUCCCCGCAAUGCGACCGUCGGUCCUCCCUCGUUCGCCCUCGUCGGGCGUAAUGUCGGAAACGGGCCCUUCGUCAUCGCGACAGUCGACCCAGAUGCUCCUACUCCCCAGGAUCCCAACAUUGCUCAAGUUCGGCACUUCCUCGGGGGGAACUUCGUGUCGAAGCACUCCAUCGCAGGCCCCACUCCCCUGACGAAUACGACGGCCGCGGUUUCAAAUUGGCUUCAGCCGACGCCUCCCGCAGGUUCGGACGCUCAUAGGUAUAUUUUUCUGGUGUUCGAACAGCCGCAAGAUUUCAACGACCAGGUUCUCGUUGAUGCUAAUACACCUGUCACAUCCUUCAACAUCAGUGAAUUUGGUGAAGCAGUUGGACUUAGAAACCCCAUAGCAGGAACCUUCAUGUUAGUGGCUCCAGAUCCUGCGUAAGAAGUACGUUUCGAUGUAAAAAGCAAAUCAUAUUACGCACAAACAGAGUACGCGUUUUGGCGCCCAAUCCUCGUCCUCGUCACAGGUAUAAGAAUAAUCAAACAGUAGAUCUAGAGAAUAACGCGCUAUAGAAAUAUAGGGUAGGAAUGUGCGUGAUACAUAUCCAAAGAAGAAAGAAGAGAUCAAAAUGGCUUAGGGUUUGACUGAGAUC